AUGCCUCCUCGGAGACCUGGAGCAUCCAAGAAGGACGACCUGGCCACAUUGGCCACAUUGGCCACCCUCCCCGACUUCGUGGAUCCGGAUGAAGCCGUGGUGUCCUCCUGGUUUGCAGACUACAAGUCUGAAGAGACUAGUGAAGGCAGUGUUGCCUGGCUAGCGGAGGUGGCAUCCAAUCCGCAAAGGUCCGACCGUUUGGGAGUUGGUGCAACUCCUGCAAAAGUGGCAGACCAACCUGCAAAAGAGUUGCAGCCUUUGGGCAAAGCAGCAAGAAAGGCCAUGAAUAGAAGGCUUCGAAGAGAGAAAGAAGAAGCAGAAUACGCUUUACAAGGUCAGCGGCGGCUUCAGAAGCUGGGAGGCAAUGGCGCUAGUUCUGAUAGCGAAGAAGAUCAAGGUCGUGCUGCUCGACCAGGGACAGGAGCAGGCAGUGCACGCAGAGGAGACCCAACACAGCCGCAGCCACUUUGGAAGCCGAGAAUGCUCGUGGAAACCAUGUGAUGCCAAAUGAAUCCAAAUGGUUACAGUUUAUAUCCAAGUUUCAUCAAGUUUCACUGGAUUCAUGUCUGAUAUUUGUCACGUGCAGACCUCACUGAAUCCAACUGGUCGAUGUUUGCCCUCGGGCCGCUGG